CACUCAACGUUUGAAGUUGUCUAUCAAUUGUAACUUCCUCCAAUCUUUUCACAGUUAAUGAUCCCUACUGCUUUGAGGUUCCGCCUCAUAGAGUUUCUUUUGAAAUAGCCUUGCGCUGUACUAAGCAACGAAACUCUGUUAAAGAAAAGAAAACAAAGACGAAGCAGCAGCAAAGAAACUCUAUUAGACCAAAGAAGAAGCGACGAUACGAAUUGUUAUUUCUGACAAUGGAAGAUCAUAUCACGAACAAAAAUACCAGACAUUCCGUCCGUACUUCAAUCUUCAGAUGUGUUUUUGUGCCCUUUCUGUCAUUCGCGACUAUAAUCUUCACGCUUGUAUAUACGAGCAAAUGAACACUUGCGAGAUCACCGCAGAACAGCAGUUUCCUACGGAGGUACGUGUAUCCCACUUUUCCCAUUAACUCAGGCUGAGUAUGGGUGGUAAAUAUUCAGUGUUUCCUUUUUGUUUUGUUAACAAUUUAUCCCAUAAUUUAAUGUGGCCAUCUCCUAUGGACUGGUUUAGUGGGUGCCAAAUGACCUGUGCCUUGUUAGAAUAAUUUACAGAUAUUGGUACUUGUUCUGAGUGUACCAUUGCUGAGUGCCAGUGCGGGUACCCUGCUUUUGGAGAUGCUUCUUUUUGGGAUGCUUGGACAGUUAAAGGGGACACCUUACAUCCAACCAGGGGAAAACAGUUUAAAUAAGCUUGGAAUUUUACAUUUUGUAAUGUCUAAAUAAGUUCAUAUAGUGUUACUUUAAAUACACCAGUGUGUGUUUUGGUGUAUACAGGUAAACUUUUACUGGCACUCUUUUUUUUUUCUGUUAAAUGAAUAACAUCAAUAUUUUAAUGUCUAAAAGUCAGGACGAAGAAGAUCAUGGCAGCAGUGAACUCGUUGAGGAAUAUACUGAUACAGCCACACCAAGUGUAGGAGAGCAGGCUGGCUGUGUGGCUGCAGUAGGGCAGCUGACUGAAGAACAAGGGGCUCAGGUUUUUGCAGCUGCAGAGAUCAGCAGGACCUACAGGAGGACUCAACAUGAAAAACUGUUAGAGUUCAUAGUAAAGGACCAUGGAGCAGAUGAUCACUUGCUGGCUGUUGUAUCUCGUAAGGUAUCCUCCAAAUGGUUAAAAAAUUAUGAAAAUCCUAAAGGUCACCGGGUAAUGACUUAUAUAGAAGAUGAGGAGCUGAUAGAUGGCCUCUACAACUUCUUGGAUGAAGUGCUGUCAAGAGCUGUAGGCACUUUUGAGAGGAUUGACAGAGUUCGCAUCAUUCUGGAUGUGCUGAUGCCAGAGGCUCUUAUUAAAGCUAUACAAAUAGUUGAGAGAAUUUCUCUGCCAGAGGCAGAAAAUCUGUUCAUGGAUGGACCAGUAUACAGUGAGUGUGAGAGGGAAGAGUUUGACAUACUUGUUUUGCAACAGUUGGAAGCACAAGGAAAGCACCACUGAGGCAUUUAAACUCAGGAUUACAUCUCAACCCUACUCAAAUAAAUGUGUCUCUUUCUUUA